GUAUGCACGAACGACUUCCCCGGCGCUCCCCCGUCCUCGAGGCGGGACAUGCCAAUCAGGAAUACAUUCCCGGUCUCGUCAGAGAAACCAAUUGUGUCGCACCCCGACCCUACAGUUGGCUGGGGAAAUGUGAGGAGUCACAAGCCAGAGACACUAGGCGCUCAGCUCUUGGGAUCCACAGACGUCCUCUCCCCAGAAACCCCAACGACGGUAGGUGCUCCUGGUCGAAUCAACCCCCAAGCAAUCCAGCCUCAUGUCCGCCUUCACACGUCUUGGGGGGGCAUGCGCUUGACAUGUUUCACUCCGGGCAAAGGUACCACCCCAUCCCACGAGAGGGCUGACACACGGCCCAGCGGCCACUUAGUAGUUAGUAUCCAGGUGAUCGGCCAUACUUACCUCGAGCGCAGCCAGCUCCAGGACUCGGUCAACUGGCCGGAGCGUUGCACGUGUGUGGCUACAUGGCGAGCUUGACUUGCGGCCGUCAGCUUGCCAUCCACCUUGUGUUGUCUCACUGCUGGGGAUGUUUGUGUCUGACUAGCCACGCCUUGCCCACGCCGCCGUCACUCGUUUGGUUCGCGGUCUAAUAGCGUGUGUGAGAAGUUGCCUUCAUGCCUCCAUUGAGCCACGCCAUCGCGCCUGCUCAGCUCAAUGGAGACACCCCGAAUCACUCCCCAUCGAUCUUGCCUUUACAAGAACCCGCUGCCUCAAUAGAGGACCUCGGCAUCAGCACGGCAUCAGCAUAAGAACCCCCAGGAUUCCAAUGGAGGGAGGUACCAAUCCAUCUACAGCUCCGGACGUUGCAGACCCAGACCCAGACCCAGACCCAAACCCACGAAGCAUCACCGACCGAAGGGGCAAGCAACGAGAAGAAAUGCCUGGAGGAGCAACAGCAGCCAUGUGCGACCAUUCCUUCCUCCACUCGUCCCGCCUUGACGGACAAGCCAGCCAGACCUGGGUCGACCGGCGACUUGGCUACCAGAUCCACGUGGGCACCAGUGACCUGCAGCUUAGGGAUGUGGGCGAGGAUGACUACCCGUACUCGAUGGGUGUCAGCCCCGUUAGUAACGGACCGGCCAGACGCAUUGCCUUUAUGAGUGGCAACGAUGACUUCCGGGCAGCCAGACUCCGAUGCGCGCUCGCCUGCCAGGCAUACAACAAGCUCCCCGAGGACGUCUCGAUCGAGGACCGAGUGAGCGGAUGGAAAUGCAUCGUCGACCCCAACAAGACCAACAGAGACGCCAGUGCCGGCCCCGCCGUGGACUUCUCGGCCAUAUUCAAGCGCCCGGCCAAGACGGAGGCCCCCGACUCGACCGCCCAGCACACGCCGCCCGUGACCCCGGUCUCGGCCAGCCCGCCCCCGCGCCCGACGAUCCCCUACGUCAAGCAGCCGAUCUACAUGGACUACGGGCUGCGCGUGAGGAUCGCCCCGACGACCUUUAUCAACCGCAACUGCACCAUCCUCGACACCCCCGUCGCCGACAUCGUCAUCGGCGAGCGGUGCUCCUUCGGCCCGGGCGUCACCAUCAUCGGCGUCGGGCACCCGGUCCGGUUCGAGGAGCGCUCCGAGUUCAUCACGGGCAAGCCGGGCAGCUGGGGCGCCAAGGUCGUCAUCGGCGACGGCGUCUGGGUCGGCGCCGGCGUCGUCGUCCUGCCCGGCGUCACCAUCGGGUCGUACUCCACCAUCGGCGCCGGCAGCGUCGUCACCAAGGACGUGCCGCCCAGCUGUGUCGCUAUGGGCAACCCGGCCUCGGUGCGGUACUACGUCGACAGCGAGAAGGGCCGCGAGCCCGUCGUGGUCGACGAGACGGCCAACACGCUGGAGGACGCGUUGAAGGUAGACAGGGAGGAGUGAGUAGUGGGGCACGUAGGCGAGGGUGGUCAAGAUGGGGGUGGGUGGG